AAGGAGGAGGGAGACAGAGGCAGAGGGAGAGAGGACGGAGAAAAGAGACUAAUUCAUUCAUCUAUAUAUAUAUAUAUUCUGCUUUUUGUUUGUUAGCAACUGCACAAACACACUUUUUCCACAACUGUUGAGUGGGGGAUGAAGAUUUUUUUUUUUCCUCUGUUACGUCACAGUCACUUUAGAGAAGUUGAGAAGAGAAGAGAAGAGAAUAGAAUAGAAUAGAAGAGAAGAGAAGAGGAGAAGAGAUCUGGACCCUUUGACUUGGAGAGUUCCUACGUUUAUGUUUCGGCUGUUUGAACUUUAGCGCAUAUACUGACCUGGACAGUGAUUGAUUUGUUCACCAUGGCGGGCAGGUGGAACCUCAUGAUACCGGCUCUGUGCCUCUCUGUCGUCAUGGUUCUGUCCAACCCACCAUGUAACAAUGGAUAUAAGAGCGAGAAACGGGAAUGCGUAGAUGAUGAUGAAUGUGCUGUGGACAAGAAUGAUCCAAACAAAGUUGGACCCUGUGGAGAAGAUAAAGUCUGUAUCAACACCAACGGCAGCUUCUACUGCCGAUGUCAAGACGGUUUCAGACCAUCGACAGGUGAUGGGAAUUUUCCCGCUGGCAAACACGUGACAUGUCAAAAUAUCAAUGAGUGUUUGGAACACAAAGACAUCUGUGGACCUAAUGCCAAAUGUGUCAACACAAAUCCAUUUUACUCCUGCAAUUGUAAUGAUGGAUACAUCUCGACCACCAGUUUUUAUGGCAACAACGUGACAUGUAAAGCGUUAAACUGUGAGGAUUUCAAAGAUAUGAACAAUCUGACAGAGAAAUUGCAGGGUGCACAUGACCUCGGGGUGCAUUUGGAAAAGACUUGCCUGGAGCUCACAGAGAGCAAGCGUCCACUAGACUUCUAUGGAGAAGACCUAUUAAGGAGGCUGCUGUCUGUGAUUGACGAGCUCUUGUCCGGUGGAGCCUUCAAUGAUAACAGGAAAGUCUCCACCUUUCUGGACAUUGUGGAGCACGCCCUGGGGCUGAUCGGACCCUUCAUACGGACCCCGGGGACAAAAAUGUCCUCCAACCACACAGAGCUGGCGCUGCGGGUACAUAAAGGGGCUGAGUUACCCAUGGGGGCUGUGACUGCAUCAUCCAAGCAUGCUCGGCUGGACAUGCAGAUGGAGACAGCUGCAGGAGAUCCCUCCUAUUACCCUGGCUUUACAACACUCUCCUUGCUGAGUUACGGAAACCUGGAGGACUCCGCAGACGGCUUCUUUGGUGAGAUGAAGCCCCCGGAGAACCACAGCUUCAAGAUCAACUCCAAGGUGGUGACUGUCACCGUCAGCAACAGAAACACAAGCCACCUCAAUCAGCCGGUCAAACUGACUUUGUACCACCUGAGACAGUUAAAUAAUACCAGCCACUGUGUGUUCUGGAAUUCCUCAUUGGAUGGAGGGGCGUGGUCUCCUAGUGGCUGCAGUGUGGUGGAGUCCAACCCUAAUUACACUGUGUGUUCCUGCACCCAUCUGAGCAGCUUUGCCGUGCUCAUGGCACUCUAUGACAUAAAGAAUAAGUUUGAGUUGCAGCUCAUCACCUGGGUGGGUCUGCCCCUUUCGCUAAUUUGCCUGUUCAUGUGCAUCCUGACGUUCUCGCUGAUCCGCUCCAUCAAGAGCCCAAGAACCACCAUCCACCUCCACCUCUGCAUCAGCCUCUUCAUCGCCAUACUCAUCUUCCUCGCAGGCAUCGCCCGCACGGAGAACCGGGUUGGCUGUGCCGUGGUUGCAGGGCUGCUGCAUUUCUUCUUCCUGGCAGCAUUUUGCUGGAUGUGUCUGGAGGGCAUCCAACUCUUCCGGAUGGUGGUCCUGGUCUUCAACACCCACUUCAAAACCUCAUACAUGAUGGCAGGUGGCUAUGGAGUCCCGGCUGUGAUUGUCGCCAUCUCUGCCUUAGCUAAUCCCAAAGGUUACGGCACUGAGACAUAUUGUUGGUUAAACCUGGAGUUCAUUUGGAGUUUCUUUGGCCCUGCCUGUGUGAUCAUCACUGUCAACAUCUUCUUCUUUCUCAUCACAGUCUGGAAGUUGGCACAGAAGUUCUCGAGUUUAAACCCUGACCUGGACAAUUUGCAGAAAAUAAAGGCAUUCACUAUUACUGCAGUGGCUCAGCUGUGCGUGUUGGCCACCAUGUGGAUCUUUGGAUGUUUCCAGUUCAAGGAGAGCACCAUAGUCAUGUCUUACCUGUUCACCAUCUUUGGCAGCCUUCAGGGGGUGAUGCUCUUCGUCAUGCACUGUCUGUGUUCCAAACAGGUCAGGGAAGAAUACAGAAACAUCCUACACAGCUUCUGUGCACCCCAGAAGAAUAAUUACUCAGAGUUCAGCUACUCCAACUCCAGAAAAGCACAUGCGUCCAAGAGCAGCCAGGACACGGGAGAGUCUCAGAUCUGACGAGACAGAACAGUUACUCAAGAGCUUAGCUGGACUUACUGUAUAUCUGCACUCUUAUUAGUGGCCAAUGCAAGUUUGCUUUACUGCAAAAUGGUGUAAAUAGUAUAUUUCAUUAACAUGUGCUGGUCCUUUGUAUUUUUAAGUUCCUUUUGGUUAAUACUAUUGAGGGAUUUCCUUCAAAUUGAGACUAUGACAUUUUUCGGUAAGUUUUACUGGAACACAGAUAUUUUGUCAUUUUUCUUGUGUAAAAAAUAAUAUUGAUUUUGGAGCAAAAAUAAAAAAAUGAUAGAUGAUAUUAUAUAAAGACCUGUUUAUUGGGUACAUCUAAUACAGCUUGUUGUGUCGUCCAGGUACUUAAAUCACAGACAGAGACAAUCUGAAGGAUAUUUUAAAAGGCAAGCACUUUCUUUUAUCCACUCACUGGGUAACGCAAAAAGAAAAAUGAAAAAGACAAUUAAGAUACAGAGAUGGAUUUGAAAUGUAUAUAUGUUUGUUUAUAUUUCCCAGGCACUUUUAUUUGACUUCAUUCUCUGUUCAGCAUGCUGUAACUUCUUUUACGUAUUGUAUCUACAUUUGAAAAUAUUAUUUUUAUUUACCUAGUUCAAAUAAGUUUCAAAACUUUAUUUUUAUAUUUUAUUUACUAUCGUCUAAAGAAUGUAAUAAAUGUAUUAGUGCUGGUUCAUCACACAUUUUGAAUUUCCAAUUAAGGAUGUUAUCUUUUUUAGUGUAUUUACAAUUUGUGUUGUAUCAUGUGUGUGCGUGUGUGUGUGUGUGUGUGUGUGUGCGUGUGCGUGUGUGUGUGUGUGUGUGUGUGUGUGUGUGUGUGUGUGUUUGUUCAUACCUUUUCAUGCCUCUGCUGGAAGCUUUGCAAUAAACCAGAUAUUCUGAUGCA